GACGGCCCGCCAACCAAAUCUCGAACAACCACACGAUCGCUUCAACCAUGGAAGAAAAAGAAGAGACCAACGAGCCGCUCGAUCUUGUGCGCCUGUGCAUCGACGAAGUUGUCAUUGUGAAGUUGCGCGGUGAUCGCGAACUGAAGGGUAGACUACACGCAUACGACUCGCAUUGUAAUCUCGUACUCGGAGAUGUCGAAGAGACCAUCUUCGUGGCCGAGGAGGAAGAGGAAGACCAGGAACCACGCGUAAGGACAGUCAAGAAGCAAAGCGAAAUGCUGUUUGUGCGAGGAGACUCCGUCGUUCUGAUCGCACCGGCUGAAGGAGCUACGCAAUGAGCCUCGCUACGAUGAUAUUCCACGAUUGACGAUAUUGGGCUCUUGGAACGAAACUAUGGCCUUUAGGACGGGAGGUUUCUGGCAAUUCACGGUUGGCAUCAAAAGGUCGUUGGCCGGCAACUUCAGUCGUGGCUGAGAUACCCAAGCGAAGCUUCGGCAUGGAGUGUAGUGGAUCGCGCAGGCAAAAGCAUAAGGACCGCAUAGGUGACCCAAGACACGCUAUAUGAGCACUCGAGAGUCAGUAAAGCACUCGCGGUGCGCCCUAACAUUUGUUGGGACAAGAUCAGCACAAUAAAUCAGAUCUGACUUUCACCUCUC